UUAAAAUUUAUCAUAUCACUCAGUUUUUCAUAUAAAUAUAACGAAAAGGUUCAGCAGUUUCACUCCUCAGAACCAUAGAACUAGCUGACUUGAUGGGAUCAAAAGGGUUGGUGCAUUUGUUCUGUAUUGUUGUGACUCUAGUGAGUGUGUGUUUGGUGCAACUGAAAGCAGAAGAUGCAUACAAGUAUUUCACAUGGACUGUGACUUAUGGAACACUCUCUCCUCUUGGUACACCCCAGAAGGUGAUUUUGAUCAAUGGUCAAUUUCCUGGGCCUCAACUUGACUUGGUAACAAACGACAAUGUAGUUCUUAACCUUAUCAACAAGUUGGAUGAGCCAUUUUUACUCACUUGGAAUGGUAUUAAACAAAGGAAAAACUCAUGGCAAGAUGGGGUAUUGGGAACCAACUGUCCUAUCCCUCCAAACUCAAACUACACUUACAAGUUUCAGGCAAAGGAUCAAAUUGGAACAUACUCAUAUUUUCCAUCAACUCACCUCCAUAAAGCAGCUGGAGGAUUUGGAGGACUCAAUGUGUACCAUAGAUCAGUAAUCCCAGUUCCUUAUCCAUACCCUGAUGGAGAUUUUACUUUGCUCAUUGCUGAUUGGUACAAAACUGGCCACAAGGCAUUACAACAAUCUUUAGAUUCCGGAAAAUCUCUUUCCUUCCCUGAUGGUCUCCUUAUCAAUGGCCAGGCACAUACUACUCUCAAUGGUGACCAGGGUAUGUUCUUUGCUUUAACAAAUGUUGAAACUUUCAAACAUGUUUGCACUAACCAACAUUAUUGUUUAUGUUCAAUUUCAGGAAAGACCUACAUGUUCAGGAUCUCAAAUAUGGGGCUAUCAACCUCAAUUAACUUCAGAAUUCAGGGUCAUUCAUUGAAGCUAGUAGAAAUUGAAGGGUCACACACUAUUCAAAACAUGUAUGACUCCCUUGAUGUCCAUGCUGGCCAAUCAUUUUCAGUAUUGGUGACCUUGAAUCAGUCUCCAAAAGACUACUAUAUUGUUGCCUCAACAAGAUUUUCCAGGAAAGUUCUCACUGCUACUGCACUGCUUCACUAUUCAAACUCUCAUUCACCUGCUUCUGGACCUCUUCCUAGCCCCCCUGCUUACCACUAUCAUUGGUCUGUCAGGCAAGCAAGAUCCUUUAGAUGGAAUCUGACAGCAAAUGCGGCGAGGCCAAACCCGCAAGGAUCAUACCAUUAUGGGAAAAUAACUCCAACAAAGACAAUUGUGUUGGCAAAUUCAGCAGCUAUGAUCAACGGAAAAAAACGUUAUGCUGUGAACAAGGUUUCCUAUGUGAACCCUGAUACCCCUCUCAAGCUUGCCGAUUACUUCAACAUCCCCGGAAUUUUCAGUGUGGAUUCAAUUCAAAGCCUUCCUUCUAAUGGACCCGCUUCGGCGCAGAUAGCUACUUCUGUCAUUCCAAAUUCUCUUCACGACUUCAUUGAGGUUGUUUUCCAGAACAAUGAGAACACUAUGCAAUCUUGGCACCUUGAAGGCUAUGAUUUUUGGGUCGUAGGUUAUGGUUUUGGAGAGUGGACACCAGCCAAGAGAAGAUCCUACAAUCUUGUGGAUGCCGUGACAAGACAUACUGCACAGGUAUAUCCAAAUGGUUGGACAACAAUAUUGGUGUCGUUGGACAAUGAAGGUAUGUGGAACUUGAGGUCUGCAAUAUGGGAGAGGCAGUAUCUUGGGCAGCAAUUGUAUCUCAGAGUCUGGACUGCUCAAAAAAGCCUUUCUACUGAAUAUAAUAUUCCUGCUAAUGUCUUGCUUUGUGGCAAAGUCAACGGACAUCAUCACCCUUAGUAAUUCACAUCAACAUAUGCAAUAUAUUUUGGUGUCAUUUUCUAGUCAUGAGGGGUUGACUAAAAUUGAAGAUUGAAAGAAGAAAAAUGACGAAGAGAGAAUUUGAAUUAUCAUUUUCAUGGUAAAAUAUGUAAAGUUAAAGAGACACUUGAUGAGAAUUCGGUGAUUGCUCUCUUAUAUAUUUGGAGAAGUUAUAUUUUAUUUUUAGGGUUAAGUACGAUUUUGGUCUCUAGCAUAGAGACUGAAAAUUUAUUUUGUCUCUGGCUUUUUUUUUGCUAUAAAAUGGUCUCAAAGGUUUUAGUUUGUUUUAAAA